AUGGAGGAUAACGCCGCGGAGAACGAGAACAUGGACAACGCGGAGAGCGAAUGCGACCCGGCAUGCACGUAUCCUGCUGAAGAGCACUUGCUCGUUCUCGAAGGGCUCAGGCGGCUUCCGAGUUGGACGGUGUAUCCGGCGCAGCUCUCUAACUGCAUGAGCGCAGCCUUGAGAGCGAGCGAAGACGGCGUCGAGGAGACCAGCUCCGAAAUGCGGCAACUGUACCGCGAGCUCAUCCCCGGGACGUUCGAGAAGUGCAUGUCCGGCGCCGAUCUGUACAACUGGAACGACAACGUGCACGGGAACAUCCUCGAAUGCGGAGUGAAACUCGGCGAGCUCGUCGCGGUGAAGCUGGCGAACGUCCACGCCGCGAACGAGGAGUCCGAGGAGGACUUGCUUCAUCUGCUGCAGGCGCUGCCCCUCGCGUUCGAUCGCCGCGCGGACUUUUACAAGAAACACAGGCACGACGAGAUACCGAGGGAGCAUCCCGGGGUGGCAGACGCGUUCGCCGCGGUCGGCGGGUCGCGGUUGUUCGCCGCGCUUCAACGCGCGGCGCCGCGGAAAAUGAACGCGCGCGCGGGCACCUUCGACGACGACGCGCCCAUACGCAUCGACCAGGACGACGAGGAGGAGGAGGACGAGGACGAGGACGACGCGAUGCAUCAAGGGACGCCGGACGAAGGAGGCGAGAUCAUUCAUCGCUGGCUGUGUCUCGUGAUCGAUCAUUUUGGAAACGCGGGCGGGUUCGACGCGGUUCUCGAAAUGCUGCACGACCCCACGCGCGUCACGCUUCGAACGUUCGACGCGGUGAUGACGGCCAUGGCGAGAUGCGCGAUCGUGCUCGACGACCAGCUCCUCGCGCGGUUCGAAGAGAACGCGCAAGUGGCGCUCGAUCAUCUUCAAGACAUCGUGACGCGAGGGGAUUCUAGCCUCGUCGGGUCAAGCCCGAGCGAGCGCGACCGGCGGUACUUGCACCUCGGGAGCGCUCUCAGGAGUCUUCGAAAGGUGCUCUCCGCAUGCGUGGGCGAUCCCGAGGCUGAAAAGCGGGUCUCACGCGUCGAACGAGCGAUGGUCGAGGGCAUGCUGUCGAUAUCAACGUUUAACAUGCAGCUCAUCGCGUUGAGAGAGAUCAACCUCAUGCUCGCGACGGCGUCAAACUCGAAAUUGCUGGGAACGGAGGAGAGCGCGAGCGCGAUGCAGACCGCGGUGAAAUGGCUCGACAUGAAGAAGGUCCUCCCUCACGUCUUGAGGCCGGUAUAUCUGCACCACAAGCAGUACGUCGACCAGGUCGCGGCGGUGCUUCGUUUUCUACUCAAGGAAGACGCUCUGGCGGAGACGCACGUGGACAUGCUCUGGGACAUCACGCAAAAGCAAGACACCUUCGAGGAGGUGAAGCACAACGUGUACGACUUACUCACCUCUCUGGCGUGGCACUUCAACGGCGAUCAGCUCGACCAGCUCUUCUUACGAUUCGAGAGCGCGGGGGGCGGGAUGACCGCCGCGGAUAGCGGGAAACUCUCCGAGAUGAUUCAGAAGCUCGCGCGCGGGGAUAACGGAGGGCAAAUGGCGGAACGACUCUUAGCGCUGCUGUGGAGGAUGGUACACGCUGGGGAGACCGGCGCCGCCGGGCUGGAGAUGAUCGACGCUUUUGCGCACGUUCUCGGGCACUACGACUGGAUGGAGAUCGUGAGGAAAGAAGAGUAUCUGCGUCGGCAACUCCUGGAGGAUCUGAGGAACGGGCCGACGUCGGAUCUCGCGAUUCCACUCCAGCUUUCGAAAGCGAUCCUGAUGCACGACACGGCGUACCCGAACGGAAGUGGUGAUGCCGAGAACGGUGCCGGCGCGAAAGGUAAGAGGAUGCUGAAGAAGAAGCGCAAAGCGUCCGUCGCGCGCGAGCAACACGUUUCGCGCAGGGACUGGCUCAGGCGCGUGGACGAGGAAAACAACCUCACGGAGCUUCUGGUGUCGUCCCUUGAGCGUUACCAGGCCGCCGCGUGGUCGGACGGCGCGGACGCACCUCACGGAAUUUCAUUGGAAGACUACUUUCAGACGUACAUCGCGUUUCUAGACACGAUCGAGUACGUCUUGAAAAACGGCGAGAUGCAGAUCGAGCCGGCGAUGGGAGAUCGAAUGUGGACCGCGGUCGCGGAGACGUCGACGUCUACCGCAGACGCGCCACGAACGUUCAGAGACCAAGGUUUGAAGUGGAUCAAAAAGCUCCUGACGAAGGCUCCGUGCAGCGUGACCGAGGACUCCGUGCUUCACUUGCUAGGCGCGAGAUUAGUACACGAACCCGCGGAGAAAAUGACGAAGUCGGGUUGGUCCACGUUUAGAACGUUCUUCAUGCAAGCCGGGUUGGACUCGGGCAAGCUCGUGUUCCCAGAGGAUGACAGUGAAGCCCCGGAAUUGGUUUUUCUCAACGAGGACGGCGACGACGGCAGCAGGCGGGUACUGGUCACCGAUCACCGGGCGGAAGAAAUCUCGGCGCGAGAUAUAGAUCUCGUUGGAUUAGAUCAACUGUGGAGGAUCUCGCUCGACACGAGCGACGACGCCGUCGCCGACGACGCGUUGAAUCUUCUCAUACAGCUGCACACGGACCUCGCGGUGAACGACGAGAACUACGUCACGAAUCUGCACCGAGACUUCCUCGCGUCGACGCUGGAUCGUCUCCGCGAGGCGGCGAAGGCGAUGGACGACGCCGGCGACGACGCGGUCGCGAUGGAGAUGGCGGAGCAGCGCGCGGAUCGAUGCAUUCGCAUCGCGCGCGCGCUCAUUCUGGAGACAGAGUUAGGCGGCAUGAUGCCGGGUGCGCCGCUUCCCCACGGCGCGACCUUCCCGGGUAACGACAUCUCCAUCGAGAUCAUCCCGCCGCAGAACAUCAAGAUGAGCAGGUUUAAGCUGGCAUCCAACACGCACGAGCUGGUGAAGACGGUCAGAGAGAACAUCUCGAGAGAGAUUGAUUUUCCCUCGAACCGAUUCCGACUCAUCUUCUGCGGAAAGAUCGUCGAAGUGGAUAACUGGCUCAUGCGCGAGACGAUCGCGCGCGGUCACGACGUGUUCACGAGUGUGUUCAGGAUGCAGGUGCAGCUGUUGUCCCCCGAUAACGCGAGGCCGCGCCAUGACUUUGGGGUUUCCUCCCCGGCAUCGCUUCCGCGGUCGCUGCUCGCGAAUCAACCCGGGGCGUACGAUGUGUUCUUGAAGCUCGCGGAGUCUCGCGGGGCGCAAGGCGACGGCGGCAGCGUGCAGAGCUCCGCGCAGCAGAUUUUAUUGUCGCUUCCUACGCAGCAGCAAAUCAAGGUUGAGCUGUGCGCGCUGCUCGCGGGGGGUAACGUCGCCGCCGGGGCGGAGACGGCCGCGGCGGCGGUCGUCGCCGCGGGCGAGUCCUCCGCCGUCGAAGCCGCGGUUGCCGCCGCUGCGAUCGACCCGGCGCGCGCGGUGGCGAUGGCGCGCGCGCGCCUUCGCGAGCUCUUAUCCCAGUCACCCGCGAGAUUAGUGUACACCGUGCAGGUUCUCGACGGAUUACUCUCCCCCGUGAACAACGACGACGUCGACGACACCGCGCGACUCCUCAGGGCGUCCUUCUCCGCGCUCGGGUGCACUCGGGACAUCCUCGCGGUGUUCCCCCCGGGCUCGACGGGCGUUCGCGCGACGAGCGACGACGGCGUCGACGACGACGCUGCCGGCCUCAGAGCGGUCGCGAACGCGGGCGCGGCGGCGUGGAGCGAUGCGUCCAUGCGAUGCGCGCUCUGUUCCUCCGCGCUUUCGCUUUUAAAGCAGUCGCACCCGAUCUUCGGCGGGGGGGACUCCGCGAAGGGCACGACGGAGGCGUCGCUCGGUUCCCUCGGCGGCGCGAUCGGAGGCAUGUCCGUCGCGACGCCGACGGGGAGUCGACGCGAACAGUGGAGCGAUGAAGAUCUCGCGGCCGCGGAAGCGUCCGAGUCGUCCGUCGACGCUUCGUGCGUGCCGUCCAAGGGCACGGCGGCGGCGACCUUCGCGACGGCGGCGCCGCUCGCGAUCGAGGCGGUCCCGACGCUGAUGCGGCUCGCGUACACGAUGAGCACGGGUCUUCAGGUCGGGUGGGAGCUGUUCGAUGAUAACGCCAUGGACGAGGACGGCGUCGUGAAGGACGCCGACGACGCCGCCGGCGGGGUUCAGCGCGAAGACGUGUUUUUGUCGUUUGAAGCGAUCGAUCUCCUCCUCGAGUGCUUGAAACGUUCGGGGUCGAACGGCGCCGUCACGCUCCUGGAGCAGCCGUUGUUUUCGUCCAUGCUUCGAGACUUGGUGAUUCGUUCACCGCUCGAGAGCGUCCGCCAUAGGAUGAUGGCGAUGAUGAUAAAGCUCAUGCUCAUCACGCAGGGCGACGGACGAGUAGUGCUGUCGCCUCCACCCGGAAUGUUGAAGCGUUUGUUAGCCGCGCGAGUCGACGCGGACGCGCACCCGAAGCGGUGCAAGGAGUUCUUCAUUUUGCUGAAUCUCGUGAUUCGCGACAGCGGCGGUUCCCCGGAGGAGAACAGCGAGUGCGACGCGGUAGCGGAAACGCUCCUCGCGAGCGAGGUCGAGGCGCUUCGGGUGUCUCCCCCCGCGAUCGCGGACGCGGACACGCACCUCCAGUCCAGAUUACGGCUUAUUCAGUGCCUCGUCGAGCGCCUCGAUCGUAGAUCGGUCGGGUCCAAAGCCGCCGGUCUCGGCCUCGUGCAGGUGUUGAUGUUCAGAUGUCUGUUCCCCGAGGCGGUUCCGAUGCUCCUUCCAUCCGCGGAGGUGCUUCGCUUGGCGGGGAUGCCCGCGCCGGUGGUCAGCGGCGACGGCCGGCGAGCAACGCACGUCGUGCGCCGUCACACCGUCGCCGCCGCUGGCGGCGCGCCAGACGACGCCGACGCGGACAAGGACCGCGACGAGAACGACACGGACGGCGACGACGUCACCUUGACCGGCGAAGUUCCCGAGCGAGAGGGCGGCGGCGUGCCGGCCGUCAGCUCGAACGGCGUCGCGUCUGUGUUUGGCGUGGGCGAGGACGUGGAGAUGUUAGAGGAGCACCUCACCGCGGUGUGUUCGACGCCGAACACGCGUCAAGCCGCGUUUCAGCUGCUCGCCGACCUCGCUUCGCACGACACGGAAAACAUGCUCGAGGUGACGGAGACGCUGAUGAACCUUCAUUACCGCGGCAGCGUCGACUUGAACGAGUGGGAGCAGCUGCCGAUCAACUCGCCGAGGCCCCCCGGCGGGUACGUCGGCUUGAAGAACGCGGGCGCGACGUGCUACAUGAACUCUGUGUUUCAGCAGUUGUACAUGAUGAAACCGCUUCGAAACGCGGUGCUCUCGGUGACGUCCACCGCGGUCACCGAGGACGAGCAGAAGGACAGCGUCUUCUACCAGUUUCAGAUGAUGAUCGCGUCCCUCGCGGCUUCGCACGUCGAUCACUACGCCCCGAGAGGGUUCUGGCGCGCGUUCAAGGAUUACGACGGCGAGCCGAUCAACGUGCGCGAACACCAAGACGGGUUUGAAUUCUUCACGCGUCUGCAGGAUAUGAUCGACAGCGAGUUCAAAAAGGCGGUCGCGAUCGCGUCCGCUCCGGGGACUGACGGCGGCGCGGUCGCGGCUCCGACGAACCCUCCCCCGGGCGUCAAAGGCGCGAUGGAGGCCGUGCUCGGCGGGAAGUUUGUCAAUCAGGUCUUAUGCCAGAAGUGCCCCGCGCAUCGAAGCGAACGCGAGGAGGACUUCGUGAACAUCAGCGUCGACAUUCGUAACAAACGCGAUCUGAACGAGUCCCUCGCGUCGUACGUCUCCGGCGAGCUCUUAGAGGCGGAUAACCAGUGGCACUGCGAGCAGUGUGGGUGUAACGUCGAUGCGGUGAAGCGAAUCUGUUUCAAGCAGCUGCCGCACACGCUGUGCGUCCACCUCAAGAGGUUCGAGUUCGAUUACGAGACGAUGCAGCGCCUGAAAGUGAAGGAUCGGUUCGAGUUUCCGAUGCGUCUCGACAUGUCCCCGUUCACGGUGGAAGGGAUCGAGCGCGAGGCCGCGACGGCGGAGGCGGAGACGGCCGGCGACGCGCCCGCGCCCGUGCCCGAGCUGAUUCACCCGCUCGAUCACUACCAGUACAAACUCGUCGGCGUCGUCGUGCACUCGGGUACCGCGUUCGCGGGUCAUUACUACUCGUACAUUCGCGAAAGAGAAGCCCCGCCCGGGGCGCACGUCGACGACGACGCCGCGCCGGGGGAGGCGAAAAUUGGCGAGCGAUGGCACGUGUACGACGAUCAGAGAGUCGAGCCGUACGACGUCUCGUGCCUCGAGGCGGACACGUUCGGGGGUAAGUACGGGGUGAACAUCGCCGCGCUCGGCGGCGGCGCCGGCAGCGACGACGAAGUCGGAAACGCCCGAGGUCGGAUCGUCGAGCACGACCGACCGAACAGCGCGUACAUGCUGUUUUACGAGCGCGUCAACCCGGUGGACUCCGACGAGGUUCUUCCUCCGCCGUCUCGCGUCGCCACGCCCGCGAUCGUUGAGAAGGCGAAGGAGGACGAUGAGGAGAAGGCGAUCAGACCGGGGAGGCACGAAAUCGUGCCCAUCCCCUCGAUGCCGCGCAAAAUUCGCGGCGAGGUCAUGACGCAAAACCUUCAGUUCGUCUUCAACGGGAACAUCUUCAGCCGGGAGUACUUCGCGUUCGUUCAGCAACUCGUGGAGAGCACGCUGCAGCGCGGAAACGCGCGAAAAUCGCAGCGAAGAGGCGCGCUCGGCGGCCCCAGCGGAGGGGGCAGGGGAGACGAAGGCGACGGCGGCGGUUCCGACGCGCGCGUGCGCUCGCAAGAGGAGGAGGACGAGCGCGCGGUGCUCAGCGUGAGAAUCGCGACGGAGUUUUUGUGCCACGUCUACCUCCGCGCGCAUCACUCGAUGCGCGAGCGCGAGAGUCUCAUGGCGUGGCGCGACACCGUGGCCGCGCUCCUGGAGCGAUCCGCGGCCGCGUGUCUGUGGUUCCUGGACUUUCUGCGCGACCGACCGGGGUACCUCGCCGCGUUUCUCGCGCGUUGCCCGAGCGCGGACGCGCGGGAAACGUUCGCGAAUUUCGUCGCCGCCGCGCUGCGAUCCGCGGUGACCCGCGACGGCGGCGGCGCGACCGCGGAGGCGCUGCUCCUUACCACCACCGUGAGUGGCGGCGGCGGCGGCGGAUCUCUUGGUGGCGGGGUUCUCCCCGCGACGACGACGUCUGGAUCGCCUUCUCCGGCGGCGGCGAAUCCAACGGCGGAUCGACGCCAACCCGCGAAGGCGGCGCGGCUCGUCGAUCGCGUGCUGCACAGCCUCGUCCAGGUUCUCAACGACGCGGCCGCGCACCCGUCGAAGCUCACGUCGCCGAGCUAUUACUUCGCCGUUUUGUACGAGUACGCCGCGCUCGGUCCGGGGCAAAGGCUGCAGCUCUUGCAGUACGACGUGUUGAGGAGUUUGUGCGAGUUUGUUUGUGCUGCGAGCAGGAGGAGAGUGGUGCACCACCAGGUGGGUGGUGGUGUGCCACAUCACGACGACGACGACGACUCAUCCUCUGAGAUGAAGCCCGCGUACGAUUGCUUGCACUUACUCGUCGCCAGCUGCGACUUGACGGAGGUCAGGAGGGAGAAGACGCAGAUCUUAGUCGACAAGGCGCUCGAGAUCACAGGGCGGCACCAGGGUGGUGCUUCUUCUCAAAACCAUACUUGGCACGUCGGCGACCUCAUCGAGGACGGGGGCGGCGGCGGGGGGUUCCAUCUUCCGUUGAACUUGACCGGUGGGGUUUUCGAGCGAGCAUUCUUGGAGCACCUAACGGGAAUCGCGGCGUCGGGGGGGACGCACAAAAGCAACGAGACGGCGAUGAAGAUUUUGUUGCACUCUUGUCACUCGUGGCAGUGGGCGAGUAGGGUUUGCAUCUUCGUUUUGUUGGACCGUGUCCGCACGGAGGAAGCCACGUCCGGAGUGGCCCCCGCGCUCUUGGUGGCAGAGCAUCUCGUAGUGCUCGCCGACUGGUGCGCCUCAGCGCGAGUUACCACUUUGCUAGCUGGGUUUAGGGCACGAAACAUGCCGCCCUACAUAGCCGUGGAGGAACACGAGCACGGCAUCGCCGCCAACACGACGACGGCGACGCGUACGGGCUUGCUGGAGAUCGCCGCGCACGCGCGUUGUGGACGAAAACGUCGUUACUUGAUUGUACGCGCGUUAGUGAAGCUUGGGGCGUGUUCUGCGACGGUUCGACACGUGCUGAGAGAGGACGCCGACGAUUUUUUCCACACGGCGCUCACCCUUCUUCAAGAAUCGCUGCAGGGGCAGCAGCAGCUCGACGAGGGGGCGGAGGUGAGCGAAGUACUUGGGAUGGGCGCGCAGUUGUUGAGGGAAGAGCCGCGCGACGAUUGAUGAACGCGAUUGAUGAACGAACGAAUUGAUGCGAAUGUCCAGUAAAGCCGCAGCCGAACAAAGCGACGAAGGAGCGGAUAGCCGCGACGGGGGGGAAGCAGUGUCGGUUUCCCCCUCCGCGUUAUUGAGAUGGAUGAUGAGAAAAGUCAAGUAAA